AACGAAAACCGUCGUACAAGGGAUCUAUAUAAAAAGCUAAGCUGCUCUGGAAGUAUAAAAGUGGAGAAUCCUCAAAAGUUAUGGACCGGUAGCUCAGCUUUUAGAGCUUGCAUUUUUGCCCUAGUUUCAACAAAAAUCACAGCGAAAGCCCAAAUCUCAGUUUUCAGCUCGAAGAAAUGUUGAUGGGUCAUGCGGAUGGUCUAUCAGAACUGGGGUCAUCGAAGGGUCGACUACUUAGUGAUCCUGAAUCCGAGUUAGACGAUGAUGAUGCUGCAGAUUGUUCUGAGCAGAUACUGUACUCAGCCUCCUUUGAAGAACUUGCAAGCAAUUGCGUUAAAUAUGAAACGGUUAUAUGGCUUUCUAUAUCGCUAUUGCUGGUUCUAGCUUGGGGAGUGGGCAUCAUAAUGCUUCUGUAUCUGCCCAUUAAAAGAUAUGUGCUUCAGAAGGAUAUUUCCUCACGCAAACUGUAUGUUACCCCUAGUGAGAUAGUCUACAAGGUCUCAAGGCCUUCGUUUGUACCCUUUUGGGGCACUGCGACAAUUGAUAAGCAUGUGCCACUUUCCAUGGUGAUUGAUAUCAUUAUUGAACAAGGUUGCUUGCAGUCAGUGUACGGAAUCCAUACCUUUAGAGUUGAAAGUAUAGCACAUGGAAAAGCUGCACCUGUAGAUGAACUACAGAUUCAGGGGGUUUCUAACCCUGGACUUCUGAGAAAGGUCAUCAUAACAGAAGCUUCAAAGAUUAUACAAGAUGUUGGUAGAAGUUGGAGGCCUAUGGUUCUAACUGCUGAAGGCGAAAACACGGGUCGUAUGGGAUCAUUGACUGAGGGACCAACUGCUUUGAGAUCACCAAUAAAAAAUCUGAAGAUGACAAAUUCACCGCGCCAUGCUUCAUCGGAACGCAGAGGCAUAGUAACUGGGGAAUUGCUGCUAAAUAAACUUGAAGAAGUAAAUAAAUCAGUAAAGAAACUCGAGUUGCUCGUCGAGAAGUCCCGUGCCUCCCCUGAAAGCAGUUGAAUCGUUAUCAAGUUUUGUCCUUAUUUUGAAGUCCCAAUUUAUGGCAAUAGGCAAUUUGGAGGCGGAAGUACAUCUUGUUAUUUUGUCUAUAGCUAAAAAGAAUAGGAAAAUAGUAAAAACCAUAACUAAGCUAAUUACCUAUCCAGUUGCCUCGUUACUUCCAUGUGUACAUAAUAUGGAUAGGAAAUCUGAGCAGUUGCAAAGGGAAUGUUUGGUAAUGUGUUUUGAAAGUAUUUUUCUGUUCGAAAAAAAUGUUCUGACGACGGGACAUAGAAAUGAAAAUUGUUUAUUGUGUUUUAA